CCUUUUCUGCUGCUACCUCAAUACCCUCAUCUCAGAGAAAACGGGACUAUGUGAAAAAUUACUACUACGCCAUUAUACUUGCAGAUGAUUAUGCUACACCACACGACGUUGAGAUACUUUUAAAUGUUCAUUUCGAAGGACAAAUUGGUGCUCUUGAAAAUCAUUACUUAUUUAGUUCUCCAAAGGAACUAGCACCUCACAAAUUAGCUUCUCGUUCGCCGGGGGCCGAAGAUAACUCCAACGACCGUGUAUUGUUGGAAUACGAAAAGCUUAAAAAAAAGCGACACUCAAAUCCAUUAGCUUUAGGAAAAAGGGAAACAAACAUUAUAGAUGGCAUUCUUUCCGUGGAAAAGCAAAAGCUGAGAAAACGACACAAGAGGAUUCCGCCGCCUAAUACACAUAGCAACCCCUUAGGUAUUAAAGAUCCAGGCUUUCAAUAUCAAUGGCACUUGCUAAAUGUCCAGGAAAAGAAUGAUAUUAAUGUAACAGGAGUAUGGGAGGAAGGAAUAACCGGCAAAGGCGUGAUAACCGCAAUAAUAGAUGAUGGACUAGACUUGUCGAGUGAUGAUUUAUCUGACAAUUUUUAUGCCGAAGGGUCUUAUGACUUUAACGAUAACAACCCAUUACCAAGACCUCGGCUUUCGGAUGACACGCAUGGGACCCGAUGUGCCGGUGAGAUUGCAGCGGUAAAAAAUGAUGUAUGCGGUGUUGGUGUCGCUCCCGAUGCCAAAAUUGCAGGGAUUAGAAUACUGUCAGGACAAAUCACGGAUGCUGAUGAGGCUACAGCCUUAAAUUAUGAUUUUCAGAAUAAUCAAAUAUAUUCUUGUAGUUGGGGGCCACCGGACGAUGGUAAAUCCGCAGAAGCUCCUAAAGGUCUAAUACUUAAAGCCAUAGAGAAGGGAAUAAAAGAGGGUCGUGGGGGAAAAGGAAGUAUAUUUGUGUUCGCCUCCGGUAAUGGUGGUGCCCUAGACGACAAUUGCAACUACGAUGGGUAUACAAAUAGUUUAUACACCGUCACUGUGGGUGCGAUUGAUCGCACUAAUUCACAUCCGUAUUAUGCUGAAAGAUGUGCGGCUCUUUUAAUAUCCACGUAUAGUAGCGGGAGCGGAAGUUACAUCUACACUACUGAUGUUGGUAAACGAAAUUGUACCAAUUUACAUGGUGGAACAUCCGCUGCCGCGCCAAUUGCAACAGGAGUUUUCGCUUUAGUUCUACAAAUCAGGCCAGAUCUUACUUGGCGAGAUAUACAAUAUUUGACUAUGUUGAGCGCCGUGCCAUUCAAUUUGGAUGAGCCACAAUGGGAACGCACUAAAGCUGGAAGAUUAUUUAGUUAUAGAUGGGGUUAUGGUAAAUUAGAUGCAUAUAAAAUAAUUCAAAAUGCUAAAACGUACAAAAAUCUAGGACCUCAAGUUAAUCUAGAGAUGCCGAUUAUUACCAUCAACAAACCUAUACCGAAUGACGACGAAGGAAUUUUAAGCAAGGUGGUCGUGACUCAGGAAUUGUUAGAUAAUGUAACCUUAGGUAGACUGGAACAUGUCACUGUUACCAUAAACAUUAAUCAUACACGUAGAGGAGAUAUUGAAGUAGACCUGAUAAGUCCGAAUAACAUAAAUUCGAAACUUGGCGAAACAAGACAAUAUGACGAACACAACUCGGGUCUAGAAAACUGGACUUUCAUGACAUUGAAGCAUUGGGACGAAUCACCUCUCGGUGAAUGGACAAUCCAAGUAAGGGACAGACAAAAUCCACAACACACAGGUAUUUUUGUAGACUGGAUGAUCAAAUUUUGGGGAGAACAGAUGAAUAUCACGUCUAUUCCAUCUACCUCUGGCGCAGUUCCGCUGCCAACUGAAAGUACAACGACGACGCCAUCCGUAGAAACUUUGUCGUCUACAACAGAAUACACCGCAUCAAUAUCAUCCACUUUAGUAGUUACUCCAACAGAAACGAACUUUAAUUCAACGUUAGGAUCGGAAGACGAGAACUCGACUAGUUGGCUUUUUACUGGUAUUGGAAUAUCGAUUGCUUUUAUAUUUGCCGGAAUGCUAUAUUGGAUAUACGCCUCAGGAGAUGUCUCAAAUGGAGCCGAGGAAUUUAUUUCUCUUAAUAGAAGCAAACAUUCUAAGACGUCAAGAGAAUAUGACGCAUUUGGUGAUACUUCUGAAGAAGAGGAUAACGAGAGUACUCAUGUAGUGUUUGAGAGUUCUUAUAUGGACGAAGAUGUCAAUGAGGAUGAGAAAGGUAAUGACGAAUCAAACGGUGAGGACCUGAUUGAGCAUCAAGAUGAUGACCGUAAUGUUGGUGGUUCAAGCAACGACGUGUCUCGACAAGUUUAA